CCUGCACGCCGCCUGCCUAGCCGCCUCCUCGCCGCCUCCUGCGGGCUGCAGAUGCAGCAGGAAGCCAGACGGCUGAUCAUACAUCUGCGGGCUGGGAAAGCAUUAUUCGCUUCCACAGACGUCCCGAACCAGAGCUGCUGCCACGCUUAUUGAUUUCCUUCAGUCGCUGAUUAAAGAAGAUAACUCUGGUUCAGACUAACUGUCUCUAAAUAUUACAGAAUCUAACUUCAACGCUUUGUGCUCGGGAUGCUAAUCAGCAGAACACAUCGAUCAAAGCAGACCAGAUCUAAUGGAUCAGCGUGAACCCUGAGUUCAGAUGUUUAUUAUAAUGACUCCGUUAGACCGGAGGUUUGAUAAGGAGGAGGCGACACGCGCUCGUUUCCACGGUGACCGUAAAGCGAAGGAGCCGGAAGUGUGAGAUAGCCGCAGUGACGUAAAGGAGCGUCAGGAGAUGAUAAGUUCAGGUAGCUCUGCUCUGAAGUGAACGUGCGUAGCUUCUUCCCGCCGGAUAAACGUCACAGGAACCUUCCUGCCGGGGCCGCAGGUGUUAGUCGGAAGCGUUGGAACCGGACACCGACGCGACAACCGAGAAGCAGCCGUUGUAGCUGAAGCUCCGUGAGGAAGAUGAGCACCAAACAGGUGACCUGCAGGUACUUCCUCCACGGUGUGUGCAGGGAGGGAAGCCGCUGCCUGUUCUCUCACGACCCGGCCAACAGUAAACCCUCCACCAUCUGCAAGUUCUACCUGAGAGGCGUGUGUGCCUACGGAGAGCGCUGCAGGUACGACCACAUCAAGUCUUCAUCCAGAGGAGGAGGAGGGGGAGGAGCUUCAGAGGAUCAGGCAGAUGUAGGAGGAGCCGGAGGCGGGGCUUCAGUCAGAGGACUUAAGAAGCCGCUGGUCCUCAGAGAAAGAGUCCUGGGUGUAGACAGUAUGUUUGGGGGUCCAGCAGACAGUUUGGGGGCAGAGGUCGGCGGCGGCGCGGCGGCGGCAGCAGCUCCUCAGUCGUAUGUGGACGCCAUCAGGACGGGUCUGGACGCUUCGGCACAGCAACAAGCUCCUCCCCCAGUGGGCGGGGCUUACCAGGACCUCCCCCCGCUGUGUCCCUACGCCGCUGCCGGACACUGUUACUAUGAAGACAACUGUACGUAUCUCCACGGCGACCUGUGUGAGGUGUGCGGGCUGCAGGUGCUCCACCCCCACGACCCCGAGCAGAGGAGAGCGCACGAGAAGAUGUGUCUGCUGGCCUUUGAGGCCGACAUGGAGAAGGCGUUUGCAGCCCAGCUGAGCCAGGACAAGGUGUGUUCUAUCUGUAUGGAGGUGGUGGUGCAGAAGGUGAACCCGUCGGACCGCAGGUUUGGCAUUCUGUCCUCCUGCUGUCACACCUUCUGUCUGGCCUGCAUCCGACAGUGGCGCUGCACCAGAAACUUCAGCAACAAGAUCAUCAAGUCGUGUCCAGAGUGUCGAGUCGUUUCAGAGUUUGUCAUCCCGUCGGUCUACUGGGUGGAGGACCAGGACGACAAGGACCACCUCAUAGAGCUCUUCAAGUCUGGAGUCAGUAAGAAGGCCUGUAAGUACUUCGACCAGGGUCGCGGUUCCUGUCCGUUCGGAGGGAAGUGUUUGUAUCUUCAUGCCUUCCCAGACGGAACCCGAGCAGAACCCGACCGGCCGCGAAAACAGCUGAGCUCCGAGGGGAACGUCCGGUUCAUGAACAGCGUCCGUCUGUGGGAUUUCAUCGAGGAGCGCGGGCAGCGGUCGGCCACGCCCAUGCCGUCCCUUGAUGAUGACAUCACAGAGCUGAGGGAGCUCUUCAUGCAGAUGUCGGGGCCAAGCCACGACGGGCUGGAGACCCCGCCCAGUGCAGACCAGUAGAAACCGGGCCGUGUCCUCUGGUCUCCGCGGUAACCGGUGUCUCGCGGGGAGGUCCGACUGUCCGGGGGAUUGUAGACGUGACGGCCAUGUUUGUGGACAAGUCAUUGAAAUAUUAAAUCAUGUGAUCACUCUGCAGCUCUCUGGUGUGUUUCACUCCGGAAAACUAAAUCCAUCAUGUCCAAGUUUGGGAAUUACAUUUUAUUUAUUGUGUAAAUACGUAAAUACAGAGUCAGUGUGAAGUCA